AUGACACCAAUAUUCGCAGCAUUUCUUCUGCUUUGCUUCCUCGCAACAACCCCAUUCCUUCUCCGGCGCAUCCUUGGUCCCAAACCUCUCCGCGCCCUGCUCAAUCGCAAUGACACACCCUCCCAAGAACCCAGUGAAAUCAUCUCCCUCCGCGUGUACCCCAUAAAAUCAUGCCGCGGAUUCGAAACAUUAGCAACAAAGCAAUGCAUAACAGGUCUCGACCUUGACCGCCGCUGGAUGAUCGUUGACGCAGUAACCCACGUCUUCCUAACCAUCCGCCAGAUCCCGGAGAUGACACUCGUCACAACAGGCCUAAGUCCCAAUGGCGAGUCUCUCCUCCUCUCUACCACCGAUGAGACAGGCAAUAAGGGAGAUACAAUCGCCAUCCCGUCCCACCCAGACGAAGCCUGGCUAGCGCAGCAUACGACCCUAUCCUCAGACAUAAAGAUCUGGGACGCCGUUACAGACGGAUAUGUCUACAAUCCUGAAACCGGUGUGAAUCAGAUGUUUUCUACGUUCCUGAACCGCCCUGUUGUCCUGGUUUACAAGGGCCCUACGCCGCGGGUCCUAAAGGGGAAUGGGGAUCCCAGGGUCCUCGGCCGUGUCCAGGAUACGAAUUUCCCGGAUGUGCUCCCUGUGCUUAUUGCAUCACAGGCGUCGAUUGGUGAGUUGAAUGGACGGCUCAAGGCGCAUGGGCAUGAGGAGAUUACUAUUGAGCGGUUUCGGCCGAAUAUCAUUAUCCGGGAGCGUGAGGGGGCCGCUUGGGUUGAGGAUUCGUGGAAGACGAUUAGGGUUUCGGAGCCUGUCGAGGCUAACCCUGGUUCUGGUUCUGAUGGGACUUUGCUUGAGAAGGGGAAUCGUGCAGAGAAGGCGCUGACGUUUGACAUUGUGGCGAGGUGUGGCAGGUGUCAGGUGCCUAAUGUUGAUCCGGAGACGGCGGUGAAGCAUAAAAACCAGCCGUGGGAUACAUUGAUGAGUUAUAGGAGGGUUGAUGAGGGGCUCAAGUAUAAACCUUGCUUUGGGAUGUUGGGGGUGCCGAGGGAGGAGGGGGAGAUCAGAGUUGGGAUGCGGUUUGAUGUUUUGGAGGAGACGAGUGAGCAUCGAUAUAUUAAGGGGUUUUAA